CAAACCACCAACAAACAGCUUUCAAUUUGGGUGCGGAGAAGCCGAGGUCCCUCCCAAGCCCCCAGCGGCUUCCUUCGUCUAUUGCUCGUUCUCCUUCAUUUCUUUCUCGUUUAUAUAUAUAUACACACAGAAUUAUAUAUAUAUAUAUAUAUAUAUACCAGACACAGUAGGUGUGGCGUAAUUGAAUUGGUUUUGAAAAUGAUCCACCAUUCUAUUUCAAAACCUUCACUCUCUGCUUCAAUCUCUCUCCCAAAAGCUACUAAAUCAUUUCUGUUUCCCAAUUUCUCUUCUCACUUUAAAAUCCGAUGCGAGUCCAUUGAUUCGGCAUCAUCGGUAUCGUCUUCGAUCAAUGUGAAACCAUCGAUAUCUUUGGACGAUUCGGCACCGCUCGCAGCUGGUAAGAAGUUGAUGGAAUCUGAGGGAGCAAUGAAGAGUCGGCCUCCCUACCCGGGAGGGAUGCCGAAGAUGGGACCCUUCACGGGCAGAGAUCCCGACUUAAAGAAGCCUCAUUGGUUGAGGCAGAGAGCUCCUCAAGGUGAGAAGUUCCAGGAGGUUAAGGAUUCCCUCUCUUCCUUGAAGCUCAACACCGUCUGCGAGGAAGCCCAGUGUCCUAACAUAGGAGAGAAUGCACAGCGGUUGAAGAGAAUUGUUUGUCUUGCAGAGGAGUUAAUUGUCAGUGAGCCUGAGGGAAAUCUUUCUUGAACUGCGGUACAUGAAACUCUAGAUUAAGAGAAUCAGAAUCUAGAUCCCGAUCAAUGAGAAGGUUGUGAGUAGUUUACCUUUCAUACCCACAAAAUCAUGGACAAAAUCAUGGACGGAAUGGGCAAGAUCAUGGGCGGAUUCCUUAAAUCAUUGAUGAACUAACUUCAAAUUCCCAAGAAAGCAAGAAAUCUCCUCAUACUCUUCAAGAGAUCUUCCCUUAUUUUAAUUACAUAUUAUAUUUAAACCAAAAAAUCUUAUCGCGGGCGGCCACAUCUCAUUAAAUCGUCAAAGAAUCUUUUUUAAUUCAAGAUGGACGACCAUAUCUUAAUUAAAAAGUUUUAUUUUCUUAAAUAUGUAAUUUAUUAUUUUUCUAGAUAAGUAUUUACAAUCAUUUAGGAGAUUUAG